AUGGACAAAGCCGCUAUCAGAAAAAAGUUCACCGACGAGUUCGAUGGCUUGGUCGAUGAGUUGAAGGAAAUGUUGGUGCUGUACAACAUGCCAGCAGAGGCCAUUGAGUGGUUCCAAAAAAAUUUGGACUACAACACUCCAGGUGGAAAGUUGAACAGAGGAUUGUCUGUCAUUGACACCUACUGUAUCUUGAAGGGCAAGAAGCUUGAGGAUUUGUCUGCUGCUGAGUACAAGAAGGUGGCCAUUUUGGGCUGGUGUAUUGAGUUGUUGCAAGCAUACUUUUUGGUGGCCGACGACAUGAUGGACCAAUCCAAAACCAGAAGAGGCCAGCCUUGUUGGUACUUGGUGGAGGGUGUAGGAAACAUCGCCAUUAACGACUCCUUCAUGUUGGAAGGUGCCAUCUACAUGUUGUUGAAGAAGCACUUCCGUCAGGACUCCUACUACGUGGACUUGUUGGAUCUUUUCCAUGAGGUGACAUUCCAAACCGAAUUGGGUCAGUUGUUAGACUUGGUCACCGCUGACGAGGAGCACGUGGACUUGGACAAAUUUUCCUUGGCCAAGCACUCGUUCAUUGUCAUUUUCAAGACCGCAUACUACUCUUUCUACUUGCCAGUGGCCUUGGCCAUGUUCAUGUGCGGUAUCAACAGCGACGCCGACUUGAAGCAGGUUAGAGAUGUUUUGAUCCCAUUGGGUGAGUACUUCCAGAUCCAGGAUGACUUCUUGGAUUGUUUCGGUACCCCCGAGCAGAUUGGUAAGAUCGGUACCGACAUCAAGGACAACAAGUGCUCUUGGGUGGUUAACCAGGCAUUAUUGAAGGCCACACCUGAACAACGUAAGGUUUUGGACGAGAACUACGGAAAGAAGGACGACGAAUCUGAGCAGAGAGUAAAGGACUUGUUCAACGAGAUGAAGAUUGCAGACAUUUAUAAUGAGUACGAAGAGGCGAUUGGUGCCAAGUUGAAGGAGCAGAUUGACAAAGUGGAUGAAUCCAGAGGCUUGAAGAAGGAGGUUUUGACUGCUUUCUUGGCCAAAGUGUACAAACGUUCCAAGUAG